AUGCUGCAAUGUGGGACUUGGUUAGGGAAAGGUGCUGAUAACAUUCCGCGAAAGAAACAACCUUUAGAUAUCGAAGAGAUAUUACGAGCAAAGAAAGCUGCCGACGCGGCUGCUGCGAAACCCCGAUUCAUCCCAAAGGCUGAAAGAGAGCGGCGCGCGCACGAACAAAAGAGGAAAGAGGAGGAAGAGAAGCGUUUACGACUGGAGAACGAAAAGAAAAAUACCCGGACUACAAGCCACAACAAUGCACCGCUGCGUGGCACCCAACCUGCCGUGCCUACUGGGCCUAGGGCCAUGCGAAACGGCAAACACGGCAACGAAAACGAGAAGCUCAAGGCUGCUCAUGAUCCCAGAACAUCUGGGCAAAAGAGGAAAGCGACAGAAGAUGACGAAUCCGCCCAAAUUCGAGCUAGAUAUAUGGGUCCAGAGUUGAAUCAAUCGACCUUCUCCGCUAAGAAGAAAUCUAGAAGACACAGGGAUAAAUUCAAUUUUGACUGGGAUCCGCAUGAUGACACAAGUCAAGGAGACGCGCUCAUACACUCUGAGCAAAUGGCAUUAUCAGUCCACGAUGGUGGUCUUCUUGCCAAGUAUCAUGGCCUUGUUGAACCAGAGGAUCUAAAACGUGCCAGGUACAUUAUGGCUGGCGAUCCGGAAACCGGCAGAGAACGAGCACAACAGCUGCUUGAAAUGUCUGUACGGGCAAAAGAACGAGCAAAUCGCAACACCUUCGGAAAGCACUGGUCAGAAAAAAGGCUGGAGGAUAUGCGUGAGAGAGACUGGCGCAUAUUCAAAGAGGAUUUUGGUAUUUCUACAAAAGGCGGUCUCUUACCGAAUCCUAUGCGCAGUUGGAAAGAGUCUGGUUUGCCUCGAAGGUUGCUUGAGAUCGUCGCCAAAGUCGGCUAUGACGAACCAACCCCUGUUCAGCGCGCUGCCAUUCCCAUAGCUCUACAGGCCCGGGAUCUCAUCGGUGUAGCUGUCACCGGUUCGGGAAAGACAGCUGCUUUUCUCCUACCGUUAUUGGUUUACAUAUCUGACUUACCACCAUUAGACGAGAUUACCAAGAACGACGGUCCCUACUCCCUCAUUAUUGCACCUACCCGAGAACUGGUGCAGCAAAUCGAGACAGAAGCUAGAAAGUUCGCAGAACCACUGGGGUUUACUGUAGUCAGUCUAGUUGGUGGUCAUUCGCUCGAGGAACAAGCGUUUGCACUUAGAAAUGGUGCUGAAAUCAUCGUUGCUACCCCUGGUCGUCUAGUCGACUGCAUUGAGCGGCGACUCCUUGUCCUCUCACAAUGCUGCUAUAUUAUUAUGGAUGAGGCCGAUCGCAUGAUCGACAUGGGGUUUGAAGAUCCCGUUAAUAAAAUUCUAGAUGCGCUCCCUGUAACCAACGAGAAGCCAGAUUCUGAAGCUGCAGAGAAUGCGCAACUCAUGAGUCGGCCUCUCGGGGGCAAGGACCGUUACCGGCAGACGAUGAUGUACACGGCUACUAUGCCGACAGCCGUUGAGAAAAUUGCCAAAAAAUACCUACGGCGGCCCGCCACUGUUACCAUCGGUAACGCUGGCGAAGCUGUGGACACUGUUGAACAACGUGUCGAGUUCGUGGCUGGAGAAGAUCGUCGUAAGAAACGGUUGCAAGAGAUUCUCACCUCGGGAGAGUUUGCAGCACCUAUCAUCGUAUUUGUCAACAUCAAACGGAAUUGCGAUGCCAUUGCACGAGAAAUCAAACAUAUGGGUCUAUCUACAGUUACCAUGCACGGUAGUAAGACUCAAGAACAGCGAGAACAGGCCCUGGCAUCAGUGCGUAGCGGCGCUACCGAAGUCCUUGUAGCAACAGAUUUAGCUGGGCGUGGUAUCGAUGUGCCUGAUGUGUCUCUCGUCGUAAACUUCAACAUGGCCACAAGCAUCGAGAGCUACACGCAUCGUAUUGGUCGUACUGGUCGUGCAGGUAAGAGUGGUGUGGCUAUCACAUUUCUGGGCAACGAAGAUGCAGACGUUUUGUAUGAUCUGAGACAGAUGCUUUCCAAGAGCUCAAUAUCAAAAGUACCUGAGGAGUUACGAAGACAUGAGGCCGCCCAACAAAAACCGAACAAAGGAGGCUUCAAGAAAAUUGAGUAA